UUCACAUCCAACCACCCGUACAGUCAAAAAUUCUCUUCAUUUCAUUCCAUGUUCCAUAGAUUGUUCAACAUCCCUCUUAGUCCCUCCAAUUUUCAAAAAGAAUUGUCAAUUAUAAGACAGAUUGCGGAAGGAAAUGGUUACCCUGAGCGCGCAAUUGAGAGAAUAUACCGAAGACACAUGAACAGGCAGCUGAAUAAGUCUCUCACAGAUGGAAUUCAACAGAAGACCUAUAGAAGCUUGAGGUUUUUUGGACAGAUAUCAGGAAGCAUCGCAAAACUGUUUAGUGCUCACACAGAAAAUACUCUGAUUACCUUCAAGACGGUUAAUACCCUGGCUAAACAUCUAAUCAACACUAAAGAUAAAAUACCCAUCACACAAAGGUCAAAGUGGGAGGAGAAUAGAAACAAGGGUUGGUGAACAUCUGAAACAUAUAGAAAAAAACAGAGAUAAAGAUAUCGUCAACACCCCAUCACAGUUCGCCAACCACAUCUUAGAGUCAGGCCACACUUUCGAUCCAAGAACUGGUUUCAAAGUUUUGCAUGUUUGUGAGAGGAGUCUUCAAUUGGAUCUUCUGGAGAUCUUGGAAAUCAACAGAGCGUUGAGGUCUCAAGAAUAUAACUGCGUCAAUGAGCAGAUUAACUUUGACUGUUCAACUUUUUUCAAUUCUAUACGAGGUGCCUGAUUUUUGCUGAGUUUUAUUAUUUUAUUGUUUUUGUUUGUUCGUGGACUGUUCAUUUUUGUAAUUUUAGACAAUAUCGAAGAACGGGACGACAUCUGGGUUUUCUUUCUUUAAUGCGUGUGUUUUCGCAUGUUCCCCCUUUUUGUUGAACAUGUGAUUGUGGAUAUGUUUAAUUUGAUUUUAAUUGUUAAACAUAGAUGUCGUUAUUAGUGUGUUUUCUUGAUGAUUUUGUUUAUUUUUAUUCCAUUUUGCUCAUAUUACAUCGUUGACGUCUUAACAACUGCAUCGGUAGGUUAUAAUUUGUUCAAUUUAAGAUCUUUUUAGUUGUUUGACAAAUUGUUUGAUUUUAGAGCACCUGAUGAUGGCAAGUUACCUUGCCGAAAUGCAUA